AUGUCAAGGUGGCUUGCCGACGCCGUAUUAGUUAGUACCAUUGUGAAGGAGAAGAUCUUCUGGCUCCUCAAGGAAAGCCGUGAGGACAAUGUCAGCACCGACCUCUUCAUAGGCAAAAUUGCCAGAGCCGUAUAUCUCAGACAGGGCAUUGUUUGCUUGUUAGUGCACAAAGAUCAAAGAAUGGGCACCGUUGGGCAAAAUUGCUUCUAG